UCACUUUGAGGAUGCGUGAUUUCAUCAAACGAUCCUCUUCAAACCGCCGUCGUCGUGGUCAUCAACGUUGUUAUCACUCACCCAGCUCUCAUCUAUUCAUCUCUCCAUCGACCUUGUCCCUCGAUGGCCACGCUCAAGGGAGCCAUCCCGCUACCCAAGAGUAAAAACGCCGAUUACCACACCUUGCCAGACGAACGCACACCUACGGAUCAUCAGCACACGCUCGACCUCGCCAGCUCCAUCUCGACAGCAAGAUCUCACGACCAAGGUGAAAGUGUGGAUGAAGAAGAGGAUGAAGGCCAUGGUGUUGUUCGAGUGGGUGUAAACAAGGGAAAAGGACGAGCUAGGGAGGAUGACGAUCUCGAUACUUUCGAUGCAUCAUCACAACACGAGCUUGCAAACCUACAACAACAACCUGCUCGUCUACCCGGAUCACGUGCGAAUGCGAACAAUUCGAGCGUAGAUGGGGACAUCUCUGUCAAUACAGGUCCGAGGGACAUGUACCUCAGUCCUCAUACGGCCGAGAUGAACCGGGGCGUAUCUCCUCCUUCGACUUCUUCCUCUUCGACACCUACGAACAACACCUCUACCUCUACCUCGAACCACGCACAUCCUCACGGCCAAGCCCACUCUCGACAUAAGAGCAAGAAUGGUCGCGAAAAGGAUCCUCGUUGGGACCUCGAUACGAUGGAGACUCCCAACCCGGGUCGAUCCCGUUCCCCGUUAGCGGACGAGUACACCGAACCCCACUGGAACUCUCGAACCGGGGCUCAUAGCUCGUCAGGGCAAGGUUAUAACAACGAUAGGGAUGCACGUGGACAGAGGGGAAUGGAGGUUUCGGAGAGUGCGGGUAGUUUUGCCGGGAUCGGAUCGGGAGAUUAUCCGUCCCAGAGUGAAGAGGUAGAGGAGGAGAGGAGGAUCCAGGAUAAUCUAGCCUCGCUCGCGGCCAAGGAAGCCGCCCGUCGCCGAGCCGCCCGAUCAUCCAAAGCGUUCGUCACCCGCCCAACCGGUGGGUUCGCCUAUACUCCAUACGAAGCGGAUCCCCCAGGUAUGGGCGUCUCCACGUCCACCUCGUCCGGGUUUGCGAGACGAGCUUCGGGGUGGUUUGGCGGGUUGGGAGCCAGCGUGCCUGGGUUUGGCAGGUUGGGAGGUGUUCAGGAGGAGCAGGAUGGUGUGAGGAGGGGAACCAGGCUGCCUCAUUCGGAUUCCCACUCGACCUCCGCAUACGGCGAACCGAUCCCUCAAUCACCCAUACCUUCCCCGAUCCCGGGUCCAUCCUCCAUCAGCCGGGGUCCUUCCCCGAUCCCACGUCCACCGUCGACAAAUCCCUUCGAAUCCGACCUCGACUCGGUGCUGGAGACAAACUCGGCGCGUGCCAGUCCGACUCGGUCGCAACAACCGGGAAUUGACCUCGAACCACGAGCCAGGGGGAACGCAGAGGCUGGACCGUCACGCUCAAAUAUCACUACAUCGUCGUCAUCCCGCUCGAACAUCGUACAAAAGCCUCGACCGGACGCCCAGCUGGAACGCAUCGUAUCGUCCGCUUCGACUUUGACGAACGACGGGUACGUACGGAUGGAAGAACCCGGUUGGAAAGGACCCACAUGGCGUGGAGGAGCUGGAGCCGACAGUCCUACCACACCUACCACGCUCGAGCUCGAUCAGGCGCGGUACGGAUACCCAUCGAGGAUGCAAGAAUCGUCCCCGGUCUUUUCCCGUAUCGGGCCCGUCCCUCAGCCUAGGUCGAGGAUGCCGAUGCAAGGUGGCGCGGCGAGGGACGUCAGGCGGGACAAGUGGUGGUACGCUCUGUGUUCUUGGGGCAGCGAGUUGGACGAUGGAGAGGAUGGGCAGGGAGGGAGGACGAACCCGUUCGAGUAGCCGCGGGGCGAUUGAAGGCGGGAAGCGAAGGGUGAGAAGAACGGAGUUGUAUGGCAUCUACGGCUCGUCCCAUAUUCAUAUACCUCAUGCAGUCAAAGCAAGGGUGGACCUUUGCAAUUGGGCAACCCGUAAUGAAGAAGAAAGAGUGUGACAGCGU